UUCCUAAAGUUGUGCUUCAGUGCAUAGUGUGCCCAACACGUGUAGUGCGGACAUAUGAAGCCAAGAGUCUUUGACACGUGAAUUUCGAUUGUUUGCAUCAUUAUUGCAGUAAUAGUGAGUAAAGUAAUAUACCGGAAGACAUCACAAAUUGUAACACUUCAAAUUAUCUACAUUACAGUAUAUUUGCCGGCUUUACUGUGAGCGCCACCAUGAAGUACAUCCUGGUGACUGGUGGUGUCAUCUCUGGCAUCGGGAAGGGCAUCAUUGCUAGCAGUGUGGGCACCAUUCUCAAGUCGUGUGGAUUACAUGUGACUGCCAUCAAGAUCGACCCCUACAUCAACAUCGACGCAGGCACCUUCUCCCCCUAUGAGCAUGGUGAAGUGUUUGUGCUGGACGAUGGCGGAGAGGUCGAUCUGGACCUGGGGAACUAUGAGCGCUUCUUGGACAUCCGGCUCACGCGAGACAACAACCUGACAACGGGGAAAAUCUACCAGUCUGUCAUCAAUAAAGAGCGCAGAGGGGACUACCUGGGCAAGACGGUGCAGGUGGUGCCACACAUCACAGAUGCCAUUCAGGAGUGGGUGAUGCGGCAGGCACGGGUGCCCGUGGACGAUGAUGAGGUGGAGCCCCAAGUGUGUGUGAUUGAGCUAGGUGGGACUGUGGGAGACAUUGAGAGCAUGCCUUUCAUUGAGGCCUUCAGGCAGUUUCAGUUUAAGGUGAAGAAAGAGAACUUCUGCAACAUCCACGUCAGCCUCAUACCGCAGCCCAGUGCAACAGGAGAACAGAAGACGAAGCCGACACAGAACAGUGUGAGAGAGUUAAGAGGUCUCGGACUGUCCCCAGAUCUGAUCAUGUGUCGGUGUGCCACUCCUUUGGAUAACUCGGUCAAAGAGAAGAUCUCCAUGUUUUGUCAUGUGGAACCUGAACAGGUGAUCUGUGUGCACGACGUCUCCUCCAUCUACAGGGUGCCCAUUCUGCUGGAGGAACAGGGCGUGGUGGCCUACUUCUGCCGCCGGCUGGAUAUGCCCAUUGAGUUGCGGCCCAGGAGGAUGCUGGCUAAGUGGAAGGAGAUGUCUGACAGGUCUGACAGACUCCUUGAGCAGUGCUCCAUCGCCCUGGUGGGGAAAUACACCAAGCUAUCAGAUUCCUACGCCUCCGUUAUCAAAGCCCUGGAGCACUCAGCCCUCGCCAUCAGCCACAAACUAGAUAUCAAGUAUAUUGACUCGGCAGAUCUGGAGCCGUCUACCCUGCAGGAAGAGCCGGUGAAGUACCAUGAGGCCUGGCAGAAGCUGUGCAGCGCAGAUGGCAUCCUGGUACCCGGAGGGUUCGGCGUUCGUGGAACCGAAGGGAAAAUCCAAGCCAUCAACUGGGCGAGGAAACAGAAGAAGCCAUUCCUAGGUGUGUGUUUGGGAAUGCAGCUGGCAGUGUGUGAGUUUGCCAGGAACACGCUUGGUUGGAAAGACGCUAACUCCACGGAAUUUGACCCAGAUUCCAAACACCCAGUAGUGAUUGACAUGCCAGAACACAAUCCAGGGCAGAUGGGCGGGACCAUGAGGCUUGGAAAGAGGCGCACCAUUUUCAAGACCAAGUCCUCCAUAUUGAGAAGACUGUAUGGCGACGUUGACUUUGUUGAUGAAAGGCACAGACACCGGUUUGAAGUGAACCCAGAUCUGAAGCAUCACUUUGAGGAGAAAGGCUUUCACUUUGUAGGACAGGAUGUGGAGGGAGAGAGGAUGGAGAUUAUUGAACUAGAUGAUCACCCAUAUUUCGUUGGGGUUCAGUACCACCCAGAGUUCACCUCCAGGCCCAUCAAGCCCUCCCCUCCCUACUUUGGGCUCCUGCUCGCCUCCGCAGGGAAAAUACACAACUACCUCCAGAGAGGCUGCCGCCUUUCACCACGAGACACCUACAGUGACCGCAGUAGUAGCAGUUCCCCAGACUCAGAGAUAGCUGAACUCAAAUUGCCUAGCACUGGUCAGGACUGACCAACCAGUGGAGAUCAAUGGUGUGGAGAGUUUUACAGCGACCAGGAUGCAUUGACGGACAGGGAUGGAAAUCAUGGGGAAUGUGGACCUCAGAUUUUAAAUGCCUUCUUUUUCUUUUUUAGUUUUUAUAUUUGUAUAGAAACGAGAUUUUUAUUUUUUCUUCAAUGUCUCCUUACCACUAGGAAACUCGAGAAUUAUCACCUCUGCUGUUAAACACUAGCCGGUGUUCUUGCCGCUAGUCAAAAACUUUCAGACAUUUGGUUCAAUUGGAGGGCUUAUGGUGCAUUUCCUGAAUCUGUUUGCCUUCAUUGGAUGUGUGAAGUCUGUAUUCUUACUUUAUGUGAACUGAGAUUAACAAAAAAAGUAAUAUCUGAAUGAAUGUGCAGGUAUUAAGUUAUUUAUUUGGGCUAUCAGCAGUAUUUCUGGCGCAAAGUCAGAGGAUACCUUCAGGGAUAGGUUUUGGUGGGCUAGUCACACUCAACGGUUCCAUGUCGUCAAAGUUUUCCCCAGUUGCUGUCGACUCUGGAAACAUCUGGCCCUGAUUUCCGUGCUUAUAACCUUAAGUGUGUGUGUGUUACAGAAGUGGAAUCCUAAGAUUAGACAUCAGGUGGUCUGAGUCUUCGUUCAUGCUUGCAGAUGUGUUCAAGUUUACAGCUCCGUAUCGAUAGUCUGUCUACAUACCUGUCUAGUACAUCACAAGCGGCGCCUUGCACUUCACAGGUGCUGGCUGGUGCAUGUAGGGUGAAGAGAUCGUCUCAUCAGAUAAUUUGAGAUCCAGGAUCACUAGGACCAAUAAGUUAAAUUGCCGUUUCUGCCAAAUCUCCUGUUUCAAGAGUUGAACCCAAUCCUGUACUUUAUGAACUCAUGAACAGAUAUGCAUUCAUCAGCAACAGUAGUUUGAUCAUGAUGGGAUGUGGCAUUCCUCCAUUGACAGUACAUUAGGAUGGAAGUCAAGGACUGAUCCAGACAAGCCCAUUAGCCUUGUCCAUGCAAUGAUUGACUAGUUUAGUGUGUAAACCACAAGUGGCAUUUGGUUGUAUGGAAAUAGAAUAAAUGCCCAGGUGUUGAACUUC